AAAUCCACUUUUGGUUCUAAAGAGGAAAAAACAAAAUCGAACUAUUGAACGUAAUUUUUUCUGAUCAUGCGCAUACGAGCAAGAGUUGGGGUUUUGUUAUUUUGCGAACUAGGGUUUCUGAUUUUCUAAUUUGCAAUUACCUCUUCUUUCUGCACCAUAACAAUUCACCAGCAGAUCCAUCAACUUCAUCACCACCGUUUUCUUCGCCUCACUCUUUCAAUCUCUCGCCAUGACGGACGGCUUCUGGAAUCGACAACAGCCACUUCUCCCUUCUCCGGGGUUGCUCAAAAGACCCCGCAUAGAAUAUGAUAUGCCAUCUUCUGGUGUUGGUCUGAAUUCAGGUAAUGAGUUGCAUACUUACAUUGCUCCAAACGAUGGUCACCAAAUGCCAAAUGACGUUAAAAUACUCGGGUCUUCUUAUGACCGCUACCUUCAGAAUGCCGGGCUUAAUUCAGGGGAAGCUAGUGUAAUUGGCGGUGUUGGGUUGGCGAGGGCUGUUGGUGGAAUGCCAGGCCAUUCUCUAGGCAAUCCUUCUAUCAUGGGGCGUCCUGGUGGUGGCCCUGAUCUUGCACGAAAUGGGCAUAAUGUCAAUUUCGGUAGUCAGUUACCUAUAGGUGCAGUUUCCAGACCCAGACCUGAGACAAUACCGUUACCCCCAGAUGCUUCAUGUACUUUAUAUGUUGAAGGGCUCCCGUCUGACAGCACAAAAAGAGAAGUGGCUCACAUUUUUCGCCCUUUUGUCGGAUAUAGAGAAGUGAGACUUGUGACCAAAGAAUCCAAACAUCGCGGCGGAGAUCCUUUAAUCCUUUGUUUUGUAGAUUUUGUGAACCCGGCUUGUGCAGCCACUGCCUUGAAUGCAUUGCAAGGUUAUAAAGUUGAUGAACAUAAUCCAGAUUCAAGUUACUUGUGGCUUCAAUUUGCUCGAUCUCCCGGCCCAAGAAAUGGGCCUGGACCUCGCGGUAAAAGGUGAACUGCGUCUUCUAGGGCUUUUAGGUCAUAUGCGCGCAUAGCCUAGACAGACUGAGACCAAACUACAAUUGCAUCUGUGCAAAACUAAUAUGGAUAUUUGUGAGAUGGUCAUAGCCAUUUACCUUGUUGUAAAAAUAUUUAGUAUAAAAUCGAUGUCAUUUUUGCUUUUUGUUGCUUAAAUAAUCGGUAUAAUUAUAUCA